AUGGGCAACGCCUCCUCGACGACCGACGAGCCUGGCAACCGCAGCCGAUCCCCGCAGGCCGCUCGGCUGCAGGCCCGGGAGGUCACGCCGUUGGAGCUGCUCCUCCUGCGCGAGUUUGUCGAGCAGCACCUGCAGCAGUCGCGCGACGGGGCGAGCGCGGGCGAGAUUGAGCAGAGGACCGCAGCGUGGACCGUGACCGACGUCGGCAAGCUGCCCGAGGAAUUGCGCACUUGCUGCGUCUGUCUCGAGGACGUCUGCGCCGGCCAGCCCGUCCGCACGCUGCCUUGUCUGCACACCUUCCACGCGCAGUGCGCAGAGGAGUGGUUGAAGAAGAAGAAGACUUGCCCUCUCUGCCAGUUCGACAUUGUCGACGGCGCCGACGGCGGAAGCAGCUCCCAGGAAGCUUGAGGCACGACCGCAGAGGGAGGGAGAAGAUGUUUUUUGAGUUUUCGGGAAUUGGUCCAA